CUUCGGAAUUAGUGACAAAGGUUUACUACCAAGAUAGGAAUAUACUCCUCUUGCCACAUUAGACUAGCGGUUGGAACUGCUGAAAAUGUCUGAAGUUCGGUACCUAAACCUUUCCUCCGGCCUUCUUGUGUGUGACCUGCAGAAAAACAGCUCAACAGCCUCCUCCUGUGGUGAAACUGAAAACAUGAGAGCAACAGAACCAUAAACAAUGAAGGCUUCAAGUCCUGCCCAUGUUGGGACUACCCCAACUAUAUCCGCAAUGCACCCAUCAUCCACUACCUUCUCCUAUGGAUAUCUUGAGUUCUUUUGGCAUUACCAGAACAAAUCUGUCAUCAUGGAACAUUACAACUACACGGGAAAGCUGAAGGCUGACCGCUACCGUAACGGCCUCCGACCUGAGUCCAUUGCCUUCUUGGUAGUGUGUCUGCUCAUUAUACUGGAGAACACUGUGGUUCUCCUAGCUAUCUGGAGAAACAAGAAAUUCCACUUGCCAAUGUAUUACCUCCUGGGAAACCUGACUCUGUCAGAUCUUCUGGCUGGGAUCGCUUACAUGGCCAACAUCAUUUUGUCAGGGCCGAAGACUAUGCAGCUGACGCCGUUGCUAUGGUUCCUCAGGGAGGGAGGAGUGUUCAUCACUUUGGCCGCUUCUGUCAUCAGUCUGCUGGCCAUUGCGAUUGAACGGCAUGUAACCAUGGUGACUAUGAGACCGUACCAUGGAGCAAAGCGGGGGCGGAUGCUGGCGUUGAUUUGUGCGAGUUGGGCCCUUGCGACCUUUUUGGGCAUCCUUCCAAUUCUAGGUUGGAACUGCAUUCACAGACUGGACCAGUGCUCUACCGUGCUUCCUCUUUAUGCUAAGAGUUACAUCCUGUUCUGCGUAACAGUCUUCAGUGCUGUUCUCCUCGCCAUCGUAGUCCUGUACGUCCGAGUUUUCCGUAUCGUCCGCACCAAUACGCAGCGGCAGCGGUUCGGCUUGUCCAGCAGCAUGAGAAAAGGCUUGGCGAGGAAGUCUCAAAAGUACAUUGCGCUCCUCAAGACGGUCACCAUCGUGCUAGGCGUCUUCAUCGCCUGUUGGCUGCCUCUCUUUCUCCUCCUCCUGCUGGAUUUCUUCUGCCCAACACGUAGCUGCCACCUACUCUACAAGGCUGACUACUUCCUGGGAGUGGCUAUUGUCAACUCAUUCCUUAACCCCAUUAUCUACACCCUAACUAGCAGGGACAUGAGGAAAGCUAUUCUGAGGCUCGUCUGUCGACCGUGUCUAAUGACCAGGGACGGCCAGGUAAGGAAGAUUGGCAUGCCCUUCCUGGAAUGCAGCUUCAGUAAGACGGAGUUGCCCUCCCAAAAGUUGGAACCAGCGAUGGAGACAACACUUUCCUCUGGGAACGUCGUCACCAACCCAUCUCCCAUCAAAACCUUCUAUCCCAAAAAAUCCUAAAGAUUGGUCAGCUUGGUACAAAUAACAAAACACAUGUAGCAUAUCUUCUGACACACAAAACUACAGAAUAUGAAAUAUUUCUGUUACAAACUAUUCAUAAGUGGUUUGGUUUUAGACAACCAUGAUACGGACUCAAAUGGUGAGACAACAAGGCCAUUCAAAUGUGAACGAAGCAACUCUUUUCAACUUAUUUGCACUGAUAUGUAUAUCAUUGAGAGUGGAGACAUUGGCUUGCACUCCUGUGGUUCUGUGGGUUGAAUCCAAGUCUGGAAGGACACUUAGAUAAAACCAAUGACUGACUUAUGUUAAUAGCACAUACAGCCACUCUUUGAGUGAUUUUCUUCAACCCAUUGGUGUGGUUUCUUAUUAAAUAAACAAAGCUAAACACAACGUUGUACAUCUGUAAACACAUGAAUUUCGCUGGAACGAAAGCCCUUUGUGUGAUGUAUAGACGAGUAUGAGUUACUGUGGUUCUGUGUUUGUUGGUAAUACAAAGGAACAGGAAAGUGAUAUGGCACACGCAAAUGACCACAGAAGGCUUCAGUGCAUUGUGUGGGAGGGAAAUGCAGAAUGACUGUUUAAAAAACAGUGUUUUAAAAUGACAGUGAAGUCAUCACGGAAAAUAUGUCAGCCUGACUGCAAAGCUAUGCCACACAAGCACAAUAUCUUACUUGGAUACACUGACAAACCUAACACAUGGUUUGAAUUAUUUUACAUUUUUGUCAUCAUACAUUUGGUCAAAUGUUUUUUGUUUUGUUAAUUUUUUUUUUUUUUUGGUCACUGCGAGGACCUUGGGUGACAAAAAUGCAAUGAUUUUUAUUCUGUCAUUCAUAAUAUCAAAUGUUUUUUGGUAAAAUGUUUGCUUACUGUUGUAUAGUAAAUUAUAUACGUUUUAUAACAAUGUCUGUAUUGACAUCAUUUUUCAUA